UCAGUGUUCUAGAUGCUUACACUAUUUUAUUCUAAAAAGCUGGUUAGAGUUUAUGUAAUUUGACUUACAAAAAUCUCAUAUGACCCACAUUUUGGACCGGAUGGAGCAUAAUUUUGCUUGAGUGUAGCCUGACGAGGGACAUGGUACGCAUACAUUCCGAACAAUAUUUCCUAAUAGUGGUCGAUUUUUAUUUUAGUUUUUGAGAGACUUUGUGAACAAACUCGAACGACAUGAAUCAGUAAAAAAAUACUAAUUUUGUGUGACAAAACAUAAAUGUAUGAUUUGUUGUAUAUGUGUUGGCUCCCGAGUUCUUUCAAGAGAAAAACAAGUCCUUUCGCAAUUGAUUUCUUUAAAAAUAGUUUGACCAACUUUAUAGAAAAAUAAUAAUAUCUACUAGCCAAAUAAAUACAAUGUGAGUAUACAUAUUUCAUACCCUCUCUAUCCAUAGAUAGAUAUGACCUAAUGCGUUUUCAAGGCUAACUUUGACCAAAUUUUAGAACAAUAAUAUAUGACAUGCAAGUUACACGAAGCAUAUUGUCAAAUUCGGACGUGAAAGGAGCUUCCAACGAUAUAAUUUCACACUAUACAUCUCAUAUACUAUUAACCUUAUCAAUAGUCAAAGGCAGUCUCGAAAAACACAUCAGACCCUAUAUUUAUGGACGGAGGGAUUAAUAGGUCUAUUAAUAUUUAUUUAGUAUUGUAAGUGUUCGUAUUUUUACUAUAAACAUGUUAGAAAUGCCCCUAAUUUUCCUACUACCAAAUUACCAAAAGAGGGUGGACUGUUCAGAAUGCAUUGAAAAUGCACGAGGCAUGAUCCUUCUAGACAUGAAUGGUAUAUGUGGCCACGUGUGGUAAUGGAAGGAGUCUCUAACUGAUAAAACAAUUAUAUGUACGUCAGGGAUGCAGGCUCCCCGGCUGUCCUAUAAAUACCCGGAGAACUAACAAACUUAGAUGCACCAAGCAAGACUGUCCUCAAGCACAAGUCUUAAAAUAUCUGUCUAUUACCGAUCCGUUCCACAAAUUGCCUUCUAUCCUACUCCAUAUAACAUCCUUCCCAGCUCAUCCAAAGAUGACUCUUGGUACUCUUGUUAUCAUGGUGACUUUGCUGGUGUAUUUUUUCUUGAAGAAUAAAAGAGUGCUAUUGUCCCAGCAGCAACGGGGGCGACGAGGCAGGCUGCCCCCAGGGCCUGCCACGCUGCCCAUCAUCGGUAACAUGCACCAGCUGAUUCUGAACAAGCCAGCGGUAUUCCGGUGGAUCCAUGGCCUGCUCAAGGAGAUGAACACAGACAUCAUGUGCCUCCGUCUUGGGGCUACUCAUGUCAUUGUUGUCGCAUGCCCACAGAUAGCCUGUGAGGUACUGCGAAAAAAAGAUGAAGUUUUCGCCUCCCGUCCCACCACCUUCGCCUCAGGCUUAUUCAGCUUCGGGUACAAGGGCUCCAUCUUCUCACCACACGGAGAGCAGUGGAAGAAGAUGAGGCGUGUCCUCACUGUUGAGAUCCUCGCCUCGUCCAUGGAGCGAAAGCUCUACCACCUCAGGAAAGAGGAGUACGACCACCUUGUGAGGUACAUUAAUAAAACUUAUUGCAGCGACAUGGCAUGUCCAGGCAACAUUGUCAACGUCCGUCAUGUAACCCAACACUUCGUUGGUAACAUGAUAAGAAGGCUUGUGUUCGGUAAAAGAUACUUCAGUGACCUACCAGCUUCAUCCACUAGUGGGCCUGGACAUGAUGAGGUGGCACAUGUUGCCGCUCUCUUCACGGCCCUCAACCAUCUCUACAGCUUUUGCGUGUCCGACUACUUCCCAGCCCUUAUAGGCCUUGACAUGGAUGGCCAAGAAAAGGUUUCGAAGGAUGCCAUGCAAACACUCAACCGGUUGCAUGAUCCCAUUAUAGAGGAGCGGAUCCACGAAAGGUCAUCCACUCUUGAGAAAUGUGGUGAAAAGAAAGAGGCGAGAGACUUUUUGGACGUCCUAGUUCAUCUAAAAGAUGCAGAGGGACAACCAUUGCUGUCCCUACAAGAAAUUAGAGCACAAACAGCGGAAAUGAUGUUUGCAGCAGUCGAUAACCCAUCUAAUGCGGUUGAGUGGGCACUUGCUGAGAUGAUGAACGUGCCAGAGAUCAUGCAAAAAGCAACUGAGGAACUCGACACCGUUGUCGGUAAAGACAGACUAGUCGAAGAGUCUGACAUUCCUCGGCUAAACUAUCUCAAAUCGUGCAUCCGGGAGGCCUUCCGCAUACACCCAUACCAUGCUCUUAAUGUACCCCAUGUCGCCAUGGCGGACACAACUGUUGCUGGCUACACAAUCCCCAAGGAUAGCCACAUACUUUUAAGCCGGCUUGGACUUGGCCGCAAUCCCAAGAUCUGGACUGAACCACUGGAGUUUCAACCUGAGAGGCAUUUGAACACUGCGAAUGUACUUCUCACUGAUCCAGGCCUACGUUUCAUUUCAUUUAGCAGUGGGAGGAGGGGUUGUCCUGGGAUGUCACUUGGUACCUCUAUGACAAUGAUGUUGUUUGCAAGGAUGUUGCAGGGAUUCACUUGGACAAAGCUUCCCGGCGUUAAGAGUAUCAGUCUCCAAGAACGCAAUGCGGGCCUUGCACUAGCUAAACCCCUUGUUCUGCAAGCUACACCACGUUUGGCUGCACAUCUCUAUAUAUAUGAUCCAGCUAAAAAGAUUUAAUACGCGUUUUCUCAUUUAUGUAUCAAUAAAAUGUAUCUGGAACUAGUGUGUGUUACAUGUUUCUGGCGCUGCGUUCGGUUCUCUUGUAAUGUUAUGACACUGCAUGUGUGUACAAACGAAGCAAUCGAUGUGUGUACUUAUCAUUAUGUAAAACAAAACCUCUGUAUUUUCCAUUAUGGUGUACCAUGCAAAUAAUCCUUGGAACUGCACAAAAGUUUUAUGUUUAUGGUGUAUACAUGCCUGCCUGUACAAUUGUGUGCCCAGCUUUGACCCCGUCUUACCAUUAUGUCACUCAUGCAUUGAUAUGUUCUGUAUUGCUAAC